GCCGGGCUCAAUGACGUGUUGCACACUCUUGUUUUGGGUGCUGAUAAGCUAGGCCGGCUAACUAUAACUACUCCACAGUUUUAGCAUCUAGACACAAAUACAGGAUGAAACCAGCAGUGGACGAGAUGUUUCCUGAAGGAGCGGGUCCAUAUGUUGACUUAGACGAGGCAGGAGGCAGCAGCGGCCUGCUGAUGGACCUGGCAGCCAACGAAAAGGCUGUGCACUCGGAUUUCUUCAACGACUUUGAGGAUCUUUUCGAUGACGAUGACCUACAGUAACAACAGCUUCUCAAGAUCUGUGAUUGUAUAAAAGUGUAAAAAAAAGAAAUGUGGACACUGUCUCAUUCUAACUGAAAGUUCUCCAUUAAUUGUACAGUCCCCUCCCACAUCACUCACUAGGAUACCAAAAUAAAGUCUUUACUUCUCAAAAAAAAGGAAA